CAUGCUUUCUGCGUGUACGCGAUAUUUUGGUUGUAAGAAAAGUUAGACUUAAAACCACGAAAAAAAGAAUUUUAUAAACAGACUAAGUGUUGGAGAGAUCCUCCAAAAGGCUGUGAAAAUCCACAAUGUCUGGUUCACUGAGGAGAGCCAGCAUGUUGCUGUUAAUGAGAAUGAGGAAUUAUCCACCAAAGAGCAGUUUAAGAACCUUCUACUCUUUAACCAAAAGGUCUCCUUCACUAGUUAGUCACCAGCUACCAAGAGCACUGUCAGUAUUGCAUCCUAGAGUCAAGGAAGAAGAUUCAAAAAGAAAAGAGCUUGAAUCAGGGGACUUCUCAAAAUUCAGAAUAUCCCAAGAAACUGUUGAGCUUCUGAAAGCAAAGAACAUCACUCAUCUCUUUCCAAUCCAAAGUGAGACUUUUGAUUUCAUAUUUGACGGUGAAGAUGUGAUUGCUCAAGCAAGGACAGGCACUGGGAAGACACUGUCCUUUAUAUUACCUUUGAUUGAAAAACUCAAGUUGGAAAAGCAGUCUGAAACUUAUCGACAAGCUCCAAAGGUGUUGGUUUUGGCACCAACAAGGGAACUUGGCAAACAGAUUGGUGGCGAAUUUGAUUAUUUCAAGUCCAGUCUAAGAGUGGGCUGUUUUUAUGGAGGAGUCUCAUAUGGACCACAAGCUGCUGCAAUAGAAAGAGGUCUGGAUAUUGUGAUUGGAACACCUGGAAGACUCAUGGAUCUUGUGAUCAAUAGCAAUCUGAACCUGAAAGAGUUAAAGUAUGUGGUCAUUGAUGAAGUUGACACGAUGUUAGACAUGGGAUUUGCACCAAUUGUUGACGACAUUCUUCAAGAAUCGUACAAUUAUGAUGAGAAGCCUCAAACAUUGGUGUACAGUGCAACAUUACCCCCUUGGGUUUACAAAACUGCCAAGAAGUACAUGAGUAAAAACAAAAAAGUAGUGGAUCUUAUCGGGACACAGUCACUGAAGGCAGCUGAAACUGUGCAGCACUUGGCCAUCGAGGCUAACAAGAGAAGGUUGGCCUACGUAAUAAGUGACGUUGUCCAGGUGUAUUGCGGUGCCCACAGCAGAGCGCUUAUCUUCACCGAAACAAAGAGGGCAGCAGAUCGGCUGGGAUUUCAUUCUCUCCUCCAGCAUGAUUCAGAAAUUCUCCAUGGUGAUAUUAGUCAAGCACAGCGGGAGAGGGCCCUAAGGAACUUUCGUGAGGGAAAGAGACGGUGUCUUGUGGCCACAGAUGUUGCAGCAAGAGGUUUGGAUAUUCCUGAAGUGGACCUAGUUGUACUAGCACAACCACCACAGGAUCUCGACAUGUACAUCCAUCGUUCAGGAAGAACUGGAAGAGCCGGCCGUAAGGGAGUGAGCAUUGUCAUUCACCAAGAAGGGGAACUGGCAAAGUUGCGUGCAGUGGAGAAAAGUACUGGAAUAAAGUUCAAGCAUAUCAAACCGCCAUCAGCAGACGAAGUCGUUAAGGCUUCUGCUUCUGAUGCAAAAAGGUUUAUUGAGGAAACUCCUCCUGAUAUGGUGGAGAAGUUCCGAGAUUCAGCUCAAACGCUGGUGGAGAAACUUGGAGCAGUUGAAGCAGUAGCAGCGGCACUUGCGCAAAUCGCCAGCAUGUACCUCCAUCAUUCAGAAAGAACUGGAAGGGAUGGAAUUCACGGUGAAAGUGAACAUGAUACUUCUUCUGUUGCAGAAGGGCUCUUUGACGAAAUUUCUCCUGAUAUGGUGGAGAAGUACCGAGAUUCUGCUCAAGCACUUAUGGAGAAACUUGGAGCAGUUGAAGCGGUCGCAGCUGCACUGGCCCACGUCUUUAAGACUAAGUGCCGUUCUCUCAUAACAGACGAAGAGGGUUUCAUCACCUACUUAUUGAGAUCUCGGUUUGAGGUUUUUGGAACAGGCUACAUGUGGAGGGCACUGGAAAACUUCCCAGAGCUGACAGGACAAGUGCACAACAUGAGAUUGUGCGAGGACAGUACGAGUGUUGUAGUGGAUGUGCCUCUUCGUCUCGAAUAUUUCAUGAAGGAAGAAAAUCUUCUCAAGGAAAGGAGAAUUCAAAGUGUAGAGAGAAUAACUCAACUGCCGGAGUUAAAGACAAGACGGCCACGCAGGCCCUCGAGCGAUCGGUGGUCGAAUCGCUCCCCGAGGUAUGAUGGACGAGAGGCUUUCAGAAAAGAUCAUUCAAGUGGACCUUUUGAAUCGAGAAGAGCGUCGGAAGGUUUGAAAAAGUGGCAGUAACGACUUAAACAAAACGUGGCUUUAAACAAUUUUGGGAGAAGAUUCAGAAAGUUUUAUCAUGCGGAGCGUUCAAGUUCAGCUGGUUCCUCCCAACGAGGUUUUAUCGAUUUUUUGAUAAUCAAACGCGUAGAGCAUAUUAUUUGAUUGAAUUUUCUUAUGUAUGAUUUCUGAAGUCUAUCGAGUAUUUAGUGGUUGUUUCAAUCAGAUUUCUUUCAUGAAUAUUUCUUGGCUUCGUUUUGAAAGGAAUCGAGACAUUGUUAGCGGAUCACACUUGAGUGUAUAUCGCAAACGCUGUUAUUACUAUUAGCUUUUUACGAAAAUUAUCUUGCCUUACGUAAAUUAUUAUUUAAAUGACUUACUGGAAGGUGAAUGUUAUUAUUAAAAAGAACCAUGAGCGCAUUACUUCAAUUUCGCCACCAACUAAAGCGGGACUUUGCUCGCCAAUAAGUUUUCUACCGCUCAAUUUGGAGAGUUUUAAUUUGCACACGGUAGUCGCUCGUUUCGUUUGCCAGGUGACCGUUUCACCCUGGAUCGUAAUUAUGGUUGCACAGACAAAAGUAAGUUUACGCAUUUUCAAAACCUGGUGAAGAGAAAGUUUAAUCUUGAGCCCAAAUACUUAGUAAAAAAAACAUUCAAUACCCUUCAGUUGCAAGUUUUAUUUCAUGUAAACCACGCAAAGACACUUGUGUUUGCACAGCAUAUGGUAGUCGGUCGUUUUAUUUGCCAGGUGACCAUUUUGUAAUUAUGGUUGCAAGUUAACGCAUUUACAAAACCUGGUGAAGAGAAAGUUCAAUAUUGAGCCCAAAUACUUAAUGGAAAGGAGAAAAAAACACAUUUAAUGCCAUUUAAGUUGCAAGUUUUAUUUCAUGUAAACCACACAAGGAUCCAUCAGUAUCUAAGCAAUUGCAAACCCACCCACCCAUCCCCUUGCUUAAUAUUAACCCCAACUUGUUAUCGGUUGAUUGUUGUCAGGGUGGAGAGGUAGGUGGACAGUUGUGUAGACAACUGGUAUUAAUCAAAUAACACCUUUACCUGUUAGCUGUCUAAUAAGUAUGGUACAACAUUGGUGCCAAAAAGUGAGGCUACAAGUUUUGUUUUCCGAUUCCACUGUUGUCAAUUUUCGGAUAAAUUAAAGCUACCUAACAAGGUCAGGUAAUGAAAUUUUUAAUCUGCGUAGUUCAAGAGAUAUUCGCUCCCAUUUUUGGAAGAGUAUUUUAGAGGUGGUGUAUAGAAAACUGUGCACCAACACUCAUCUAAUCUAUAGAAACUGUGGUGCUGCGUCAGUAUGACGAGUAAUUUUGGUUUUAUCAACUAAGUUAAUCAUUUGAAUGGGCCACCAUAAAGAAUUUCUAAGCUGAGGUUUCAGAGAAAAUAACCAAGGGCUAAAGCUGGAAACCUCAGUUUUGAAAUUCUUUACAGUGGCUAAUUUACAUUGUCGGCUCAGUUGGUGAGACCAAAAUUAGCUUUUAGAUAAAGAUUAGUGAUAUUCUCCUAUCCUGUCUUCAGGACAGUGUAUUGUUUCUUUAAGUAAUAAAUUGCAGUGUCUAUCCA